UCACUGAAGUAAAUGUCCCAGCAGACCUCCGAAGAAAGCUCCUCCGCCACCCCUGAAAACACUCGCACUCGCUUCUCUCCGUCUGGACUCGGCCUCUCAAACCGCAGCCGAACGGAUACGCACCCUGGGACACUGUGGUCCAUGGUCCGCGCGUAACCGAGUCAAGGGCUGUGUUUCCAGACCGAUCGGUAAAGUAUAGCCAAACAGUUCGGUGACGGCGGAACAGCCAAUGAACAUAAAUGGUGCGUCGUGACGCAACAGGGCCCCGUUGAUAAGGAGCGGAGAGUCCAACCGGGACCUGAGAAGGAGGAACGGUGGUUUUGGGGGGCCAGCAAACACUCGCCUAUCAUCAGUCAACGUAAAGCCAACUCCUCCUCUUGUGCUGUUACGCACAUGUAUGCAGCCUCCUUGGCAAAAGAGAAAACAUUAAUUAAACAGACUACUGUGAAGGAAAACUGCUUCUCCCGGACGGCCGGAGGGAUUCUAAAAAGCACAAACAGAAGAGAGUUUUUGUGAUUGUUUUUCCUUUUUAAUCUGCAAAGCGAAAAAUAGUUUGAGCGACAUAAAUCAGCUACUUUUAGCAUCAACUUGGACUUAAUCUGGAGGAGGGGAACAAACCUUUCCCGCAGGCUCUGUCAGCUUUUUUUUUUUUUUUUUUGGAGAUAUCUUUGUUUUCUUUCUGACUGUGAUGCAGUAGACGGCUGCUGCCCAGCUUUGGCAGCGCCAGUUGUACAGAGAAACUUACUGUUCUGCAGAAAAAAGGGGAGAAUUUUGCCAAUGCCUUGCAGACUGUCGAAAUUCUGAAAUAUUACUCCCGGCGAGGAGGAGGAGGCAUCGGUGCCGAGACCGAUGCAACGGGGGCUUCCAUAGUUGGUAUGUUUAUUCAACGUAGAUGGAAAAGAAAAUAUAGCAACAGUAACCGGUAAAAGCAGAGAAAUAAUACCGAACCUGAGAGAAAAAUAGAUUCCGAUCGGCGCAGUAAGACAAGCGGAAUCUGUGUGGUUAUUUAUGAAUUAAUCAUAGCUUAUUAAUAAUGAGAGGUGCAGAGAUUCGGAUGACGGUUUCCAUUGGCAGAUGAGACGUAGUGUGGAGAACACGUGUCCAAUUUUUCUCUCAUAGUUUUUCCUCCCUGAUUUGGAUUUCUCACUUGUCACGGCAAGAUAUAGGAAAACCUGACAAAAAAAGAGCGAUUCCUCUUCUUCUUCUUUUUUUUUUUUUUUUCUUUGAGUGGCAUUAUUGCACGGGGUUUUGCCUCUGAUGGACAUCUUGGCUUGCAGAUCCGAAGAGAACAGUUAUAAUAUCCUCCCCUCUGCGGCAACGAUGCUUUUCCAUGGCCUCCCUGGAGGCGACGUGCACGGUGUGGUGGAAGAAAUGGACCGGAGAGGAAAGAGCGAGUCAGCCGCCAUCAGCUCAGCCAUCGAUAUGGGGGAAUCAGAGACGUCCAUGCCGUGUAUGACCAACGAACGCGUGGCUCUAUGCGCCGGCUGCGGCAGGAAGAUCGCGGACCGGUACUACCUGCUGGCAGUGGACAAACAAUGGCACAUGCGCUGCCUAAAGUGCUGCGAGUGCAAACUGAACCUGGAGUCUGAACUCACCUGCUUCAGCAAAGACGGAAGCAUCUACUGCAAGGAGGACUACUACAGAUUUUCGGUGCAGAGAUGCGCUCGGUGCCACCUGGGGAUCUCAGCUUCGGAGAUGGUGAUGCGCGCCCGGGACCUGGUCUACCACCUCAACUGCUUCACCUGCACCACCUGCAGCAAGAUGCUCACCACCGGGGACCACUUUGGCAUGAAGGACAGUCUGGUGUACUGUCGGCUGCACUUUGAGACUCUCAUCCAGGGAGAAUAUCAGACACAUUUUAACCACGCGGACGUUGUGCCGCACAAAGGCCUGGGCCCGGCCAACACGCUCGGACUAUCCUACUUCAACGGCGUGGGGACAGUGCAAAAGGGCCGACCCAGGAAGAGGAAAAGUCCCGGGCCGGGGGCCGAGCUGGCCGCUUAUAACGCAGCACUGAGUUGCAAUGAAAAUGACGGCGAGUCUAUGGACCGGGACUCCCAGUACAGCUCCAGUCAGAAGACCAAGCGCAUGCGGACGUCCUUCAAACACCACCAACUGAGGACCAUGAAAUCCUACUUCGCCAUCAACCACAACCCAGACGCCAAGGACCUCAAGCAGCUCGCCCAGAAGACCGGCCUCACCAAGCGGGUCUUACAGGUGUGGUUCCAAAACGCUCGGGCCAAGUUCAGGAGGAACCUGCUGCGACAGGAGAGCACCGGUGUGGAUAAGGCAUCUGAUGGCUCCACGCUGCAGGGCGGAACGCCGUCAGGCCCAGCCUCGGAGAUCUCCAACGCCUCCAUGAGCCCCUCCAGCACCCCCACCACCCUGACAGACUUGACCAACCCCACGAUGCCCACCGUCACCUCCGUGCUCACCUCGGUGCCGGGCGGCAUGGACGUUCACGAGUGCCGAAGCCCAUCACAGACCACGCUAACCAGCCUCUUCUGAUGGACCCGCCUUCCACCCCCCCCACACCCCCAACCCACACCCCCACCUCCACUCCAACCCACAAUCCCCUGCUCCAACCUCCUGGAUCUAAAACUGAGUACUGUUGACUCCUGCGAACAUUAAAUGGAUUAGAAAAGAGAAGGUAACGGAAACUAAACAAAACAUAAAAAAAAAGAUUCCCCUUUGCUCUGAGCCUAAUAGAGACUAUUUGCAUAGUGAGGCGGUCGAGCCUUACAGAUGGAACAGUUGUUGUUAUUUUGAUGUUGUUGUCUUGUCGAGAACUGAGGAGACUUGAUUUACAUUUUUCAAUGUUUACAGAAAGAGACUGCGGUGAAAAAAAAGAAAAAAACUGCUUAAUUUUUGGAAAUUCAUUUUUUCCAGCACAGUAUUUAUGUUGUUGUACAAGAGUCACUGUUAGAAGGAUUGUAAAAAAUUCUUUUUUUUUUGGAAAUCUGAGAUUAAACACAGGUUACAAUAUCCUACUACUGCCAUGUGCCUUACAGUCCAUUUAAUCCUAACUGCUGUUUCAGACGUCACACGGCAAAUCAUACCGUUGUGUGCAUGUGUGUGUGAGUGGUGUUGUGGUGAUUCACUAUGUGUGUUUGUGCGUCUACAUGUGACCUGUUGUUCUCAUUCUGCAGGUUCGGCCUGAUGAGUUAUGGCAAACUAAUUACUCACCUGAACAACCUAGAACAUAUAUUUGUACCUUUCUUUUUUCACCUUCUUAAGUUAAAAUCAGACGCUCCAUCAAUGUCCCAGUCUUAAACAUAAAUGGCCUGAGAAGGAGGCAAAAUUUUAACAUUUUCUGUGAUUCUGAGCAGUUUUUUGUCAAAUUUUAUAGAUGUCAAGUGAAAUGAACCAUAGAGUAUUCAGAAAAGGCUGAGUUUUUUUUAUGAUCUAGAAAACCUCCUGCAUUAUGACAUUAAAGCUCAAGUUUUCUGUGUUUCCGUUUCUUGCAAAAAGCCUAAAAAAUGGUACAUCCUCAAACUUUUUCUCUGCAGCAAGUGAGAAAUAUCUUCUAUGAAGGUGCUCAACUAGCCUGCCACUACCAUUACUUAAGAAAAAAAAGAUCAUUAGCAGUGCAGAUAAGUGGUACUUAUUUAACAUUAAUGCAGGUUUUCUUCAUUUUUCAAAAGACUGUUGAGUUGAAAUGACUUGCUGAGGUGGAUGUUUAGUGCAUGAUAGAAAACUGUGAAUGGGAGGAAAGCUGCUGGUAAAAACACUGAUCAAUCCCUCACUGCUGUAAUGAUCCUCACUGAUAUCCUGCACUUUCUUGUACGCAACAACUGUUGUCUUCACUUCUGCAAGAAAUAUAAACACUAUGAACUACAACGCUUACCUUUUCAAAGCUAAUUUGGGUGUUAUUCUCACCGUACAUCGCAGCAUCUGAUGGUUGCAUCCUGUGGGGCCUGACUGUGAUUGGUGAAAGCACUUUGUCGUACAGUGAUGUUUCCAUUAAUCUUUACUUUAAAUACGUCACAGCUGUAAAAA